AAUGAGGCAGGUUGAAGCUUUUACGUCAGCGUUGACUCAGUCGACGUCGGAGGCAUGCAGACAAACUGGACCUGCAGCUCAUUCUCUGCUGUUUGUCUUCCUCAGAUAAACGACAUGGCUGACACACACAGAGUGACAGCGCAGGGCAGGAAGAAAUGGGUUGUUCCUCAGAGAAGUGCGACGGAUAAAAAUAAACCGAGUGUUCGUCCUCCUGACAGAGAAGCUGAGAAAAAUCUGGCAGUUCCUUUCAGAGGUCACAUCACAGGUGGGAUGUGUCCGGGGAAGAAGGUCGUCAUGGUCGGCGUUGUGGACUCACGUCCUGACAGGUUCUACAUCGCCCUGACGUGUGGCCGUGGAACAGAGGAGCCUCCGCCCGAUGUGGCUCUGGAGCUCUGUGUUCGAUUCAGGGACCGACAAGUCCUGCGCAGAGCGUGUGAGUCUGGAUCCUGGGGAGACGUCGACAGGCUCGUGCCUUUCUUCCCCUUCAUCCAAGACCUGCCGUUCAAGAUUGAGAUUCACUGUGAACAAAGUCGUUUCCGGGUGUUUGUGGACGGACAGAAGCUGUUUGACUUCCACCACAGACUGACGUCACUCGGCGACAUCGACACGUUGUGGAUCAAAGGCAGCGUCAGCAUCACUAAACUGGCCUGAGGUAAAGGACUGAACAGAAGCCCCUUUCUGAAGACAUGGAUCUCAACCUGCCAGGACUCACCUCGUCUGAACCCGCUCUGUGUUCACUCUGGAGUCUCAAUUUUGGUGACAAAUACGUGAUGCAUGCCAUUUGUGACUUUGUUGAAAACACAAAAAACAACCAAAAAGAACUACAUCUAUCAAAUUCAAUUUGGGAAUUGUUAUUGUGGGACUUAAAAUAAGUUAGUUCGGAUUCAUCAGUCGCUCAGUAACACAAACUUAAGUAACCAAUCGAGGCAGCGGUAGACGAGCAACUUGUUCUGCAGGUGAAAUCGCUGUUUUUGUCAAUGGAGUCUGGUGCCUUUGACCAGAUAAAGGCUUCAGGCCUGUCUGACGCUGGAACGUUUUGAAAGUAUUCUAAAUGUAGUGAACACUUAAACUGAUAUUUAUUUAGGUGGGCCUUUCUUAUAGGUGGCUAUAAUACAUGUAGCUGUUGCCCCCGUCCACAGCAGUACGUUGCUUAGUUUCCGAGCUGGUCUGUUUCUCCAAACUGUGGCCGUGCUGACUGCCAUCUACUGUCCAUUGAUGAGUACCUCAUACAAACCCAAUUCAAAAGAAAUCCGACCUAUUCCUUUAAUGCUGGAAACAACUACUGCAACUGUAAAUAUUAUAAUAUACAUUAUAUGUCUCCUAAAAAUAAAGAGCAGAAUUGAAGGCCACACAGACUGUGGGUGGGGUUGCUUUUAUAUUUCUUUGUAUGCUUUUAAAAAAAGACAAUCAGAUUUUGUAAUCAUGAGUAAACAAAGCAUGAAGACAAGGACAGUGAGGCCUCUGUGAUCCGAGCGCGAUGACUACCUCAAAGCACACAGUGGGAGGUCCUGCUGCCAUCCAUAGUAAAGGUAUAUGCACAUGAAUAUUUGUAUGAACUAAGACACUGUGUGUGACUGUGUCUUUAUAUUCAAUGAAAAGUACUGUAACUUCUUUUUGUAUAGUUUUCAAAAUAAAGUGAUUAAUGACUGUA